AUUCACAGCUCCACCAUCCUACAUCUAUUUAUUCCGGAGGCACGGGAAACUAUUCGACUAAUUGUACGUUCCAAUACCUACUUGGAAGUCCUACCCAUCGAUACGUAUGGCAGCAUAGAAACCUCCUCCUACUAACCAUCGUCAACAAUGCCGCGAUGUCGCUUCAGCAAGCCAACACGUCGGCGGCACGAUCACGAUCGCUACGCGUCCCCGCCAAAACUGCCUUGACCGCCCCUCAGCCUGUCUCAGCUACCACCAGCUCGCCUCAGAUACCUACCACAACCUCUAACAUAGCUCUAUUCCUUACAAACCUACGUUUGCUAGACCUUGAUCUCGAACCCGAUUGGCCGGGAAUAACUCUCGCGACCUUCUCCGCGAAGGAUGCCGCGAGCGGGCAGAAGAAGCGGAUUCAGUGCGUGGAAUGGGCUCUAUACCAGCUUUUCACCCUUUGGGACUACAAUGAGACUCAAAACAAAUUGCGCCCUUUCUUUCCGCCCCUCGAUCAGAUACAGUCUACCAACCUUCGAGCUGCUCUGCUCCGGGGCCUCGAGCAAGCCAAGAAAAAUGGCGUCCUCGGUCGCGAUGCCGUGUUGCGAAAGACCAUGCUAGAUGAAUGCAAAGGCGAAAGACUCGAAGAAGUCCUGGCUGUCUUUUCCUCGGCGGUAUUGAAGAAAUUGGUGGCAGAGCGAGCGCUCAAUUCAGGGCCAGAAUACCGGCCUACUUUCUCGGAGAAUAUCUCCUUAGAGAACUGGGGUUACUCCGGGGACCGUACCGAGCUUAAUGCACUAUUGCUAGCUCACAAGGCAUCUCUACGUUCCUUAUUGACGAGGAAGAAUGCUGCGCGAGAGAAAUAUCGUGAUUUCGAAAAGCUGCUGGCAUCGAAGGAACAAGGCAUUGAUCAACGAAAAGAGCAAGUCAAAGCAGAUACCGAGCGAAGCGUGGCCGAAACGUCGGAAAAAGUGAAGAAAGAAGUCUACAAAAUCGUAAAGACUAAUUGGACCGGAAACGACCAAUGGAUCGACUCACUAUUGCUUAACGAUACUCCGUCGCGUAAAGGUGGGCUGCUAGGUACUAAGUUCGACGAUGUUUGGGCCGGCAUUCAUGAAGGGAGAAUUUCCGACCUCGAAGACCAGAAUUCUGGUCUACUGGAGCAGUUAGACAACCGAGUCCGCGUACAGAGGGCAAGAUUGGAGAAGUGGGACGAUUUUCGAAAGAAAAUGUUUGGAAAUAUGCCACAGCCACCCGCGGAGGACUCGAAAAAUAAGGGUAAAUCGAAGAGUGUUGAUCUCAACUUCACAGCUCAUCUACACUUAAACAUCGACAAGACAGACGCGAAGGACAGAGUCCCUCUCAGCGUCCCACCACCUCAGUAUGCCAGAAUCCUUAAUAACAUGAAGGCCGAGCUUGAUGCCAUCGGAAAACCGAAAAUUCCCGACUUCUCUAACCUUCUCGGGGGGUCAAGAAGGAGUUCCGUCAUUGACACAAAUGCGAACCUGGCAGCACCUCAGCCAGCGGCCGACCCAAUCUCCGACAUUAGUGAAUGGGAGGAUGAGGCAGAGGAUAAACGACCGGCUGAGAAGAUUGCGAAGCUUCCGGUUGGACGCCGUUAUCGCCUCAACCGUCCCAAGUCUACCGUCGAAACCAGAGGGCAGAUACCGAAAAUAUCUUUAUCUGAAGCCUCAUACGAUCAAGAUACCAACGACCUUUGUCUAUCACCAGAACUAGAAAACCCGGGAUUUGCGAUACCUCAAUCCUUCAUUUCAGCAAAGUCUCGAAAUAAAAGCCAAGAGCCAGCCGAGCCGGAGAACACAGCGUCAUUUUCAACUUCGUAUACGGCUCCUUCUCGUGAUGCUUCACCCACCGAAUUGACGCAACCGAGCAAGACAAUUGAACCCAUGCCGACCUCUCCAGAGUCUGUUUCUCCUACCCAAGCUAUGGCCGAUGAGAUAUUGGCAAAUAUGUUGAAUGCAUCACCCUCGCCAAUGAAGAAGCACCGCCACACCUUGUCUCUAGCCGAGAGGACACGCAUGUCCAUGUCGCGCACGAAGUCGUAUGAAAAAGACGAAGACCUAACUCAGCUAUCCCCCAUAAAACUGAACCACACGCAAAGUAGCUCCGAUAACACUACGAAUCGCACCGCAGAAAGGGGUGAAGAGUAUGAAGACCUAGUGGCCCGAACCCGACGGUCUAUGGCGGGUUUCGAGGCGGCACAACAAAAGGCACGAUUGGAAAGGAGACGGUCAGAGAGGAAGAGCAAGAUAGUGCCGAGGAAGGAUAACUACUUCCCUAGAUUGGAAGAGGAGAAUAUGAAUGACACGUCGAUCGCCGAGGAGCUUAUGGAAGACGAUGAGGUGGAUUACGAGGCUGUUUUCAAGAGCAGGCCCCGCGUUCAGACGAGCCCGUUGCCCAGCCCAUCUAAGCCGUGGAAUGGAGAAUGAGAUGACGAGUGAAGGAUGGGAAGCAGACGAGUUUUAUGUGAUGAGAAUGAUGUUAGUGAUACGGAUAGCAUGAUACCAAAUUGAUUUCCCGGUUACAAGUAAGUUUUGAGUGCGUGGCUUGAUGACUUAUGUUUAGGCUUUAAUCACCCCUUGUUUCAUUUCUG